AUGAAUUAUUCAAAAGCGGAUCUCAAAGUCGCUAUCAAAUCGUUCUGCAAUCGUUGGCUUAUGUACCAAGCCUAUCUUCGAUUUGCAUUAAAUUUUACAGGCGCUCCAUGGAUUAAGAAUGACCUAAUCAGCAUUGCUGGGAACAUAGAUGAAUUAUUCAAAAGCGGAUCUCAAAGUCGCUAUCAAAUCGUUCUGCAAUCGUUGGCUUAUGUACCAAGUGAGCAAGCAGCGAAAAACAACAGAGCAUACGGAAACAAAAUGAUACUUGCACAUAUGGACCUAAUAGAUAAAGCAUUGAUUGGUUAUUCAAAAAGCAAACGAUUCUCUUUUACAGCAAGCCCAAGUAACGAAGACUGCUGGUUGGGACAGUCUCCGUCAACACAAACAGCAAAGCUACCAGCAGCCUCUACCUCCAACAGAGGUAAUUCAAAUGAAAUUAGUGCAAAGCUAUGGCAACUGAUCACAUCCGGUUAUUUCCGACGUUCAACACAGGCGCAUUCGUCAAGUGAAGAAAACGACUUUCAAUUCGUGGAGGCACUAUAUUCCCUAUAUGCACAAUGUCAAGGUGAAAAAAAGCAAAAACCCUACCGGCUCCUCUUAGUCGCCUGCAUCCUUCACGAAACGAGUGUGAAAAGAAGAACUUUGCUGCACACUACAGGUUCGAAAAACACCCACUGGUAUUUUUUCUACUUGAAAGCAGCAUCACCAAUUAAUUUGUGCUUAAAUUUAAUCGCCCAUUCACAGAUAUCCCUGACAGCGUAUAAAUUAUGUUCAAUUGAUUCCAAACCAAUGGAACAUGUCUAA